CGUCGCUGGUGCCGGUGCGCGCUUCACCGCCCGCCCCGCUCCGCAGCCGCGCGGCCCGCCUCGUCCGGCUCGUUCUCUCGACUCGUCGCGGUCCCGCGCCCGCCCGCUCUCCUCCCAGCAGUGUGUCAGUGUGCCGGCGGAGAGGAUACCUUAGGCUGCGGGGCAGCAGCGCUCCUCCAGCCAUGGCGGCGACCUGGCGAACCCCCCUGGCGACGUGCGUGCUGCUCCUGGCAGCGGCCGCGCUGUCGGCCUCCGGGGACGCGAGCACCGCGCCGCCGACGGUCCCCACGGAGUCGGCCACCGCCGCGGUCAGCUCGGCGGCCACCGCGGCCGCGUCCACCAUCACCACCGCAGCUGUCCCCGCCGCCGCCGCCGCCACCGCGGCCGGCCCCGUCCCGGCGGGAGGGCACGGCCACCGCGCGUGGAGCGGCGCCGGCCACGCGGCCAAGCACUGCCCCAACCGCUGCGUCUGCUUCAAGACCACCGUGCGCUGCAUGUUCCUGCAGCUGGACCACGUGCCCAGGGUGCCGCCCGACACCACCAUCCUGGACCUCCGUUUCAACAAAAUUCGGGAUAUUCCUGCCAACACGUUCAAGGACAUGAAGAACCUCCACACUCUAUUGCUGAACAACAACCACCUGGUCCGACUCCAGAACGGCAUGUUCAACGGCCUGUCUGAGCUGAGAUACAUGUUCCUGUACAAGAAUCGCAUUCGCGAGAUCGACAGCAAAGUUUUCCGAGGGGUUCCGAAACUCGAGCAACUAUACCUCCAUUAUAAUGAGCUCGAAAAGAUUGCUCCAGACACAUUUUCAGCUAUGCCUUCGUUGCAACGAUUAUAUCUUCAUUUCAACAAGAUAGACAGGAUUCCAGGCCUGGCCUUCCUAGAAUUGCGGAACCUUGAACGACUGUUCCUCCACAACAACAAGCUACGGACCAUCCCCCCGAGUGCCUUCAGGAAUCUACAGUCGCUCAAGAGGAUCCGGCUGGACAACAACUGGCUGGUGUGCGACUGCAACGCCCUCUGGCUGGCCCGGCUACUGCGCGAGCGCGGCGUGCAGGGCGCCGCCACCUGCGCCUCGCCGCCCCAGCUGCAGGGCCGCCCCGUGGCCGAGCUGCGCGAGUCCGACUUCCACUGCAGUAAGCCCCGCAUCGUCAAGGAGCCCGACGACGUGGAGCUGGACUACGUCGGCCCCGUGUACUUCAAGUGCCAGGCGGAGGGCGACCCGCAGCCGCGCAUCGUGUGGCUCAAGGAGGGGCAAGAGGAGAUGAACCCCGGCGAGCCCGGCUACGAGUUCAUGUCGGACGGCACCCUCAUGGUGGAGGCGCCCUCCAUGGACCCGGUGGGCGCGUACGCGUGCGUCGCCAAGAGCGCCAUGGGCGAGGCCAAGUCACGGGUGGCGCGCCUGGUCACCAACAAGCGGAGGGAGCGCCCGGACAUCAGCCGGCCGCCGCGCGACUGGCAGGUGGCGCCCGGGGACACGGUGACGCUGGACUGCAGGGCGGUGGGCACGCCGCCGCCGCUCGUGUCCUGGACCCACAACGGCAGGCCCGUGGCGCACUCGCCGCGCUCCCUGAUCGCGACGGACGGCACCCUGGUGCUGACGGGGCUGCGCGCCGACGAGGCCGGCGAGUACCGCUGCACGGCCAGCAACGCGGUGGGGUCGACGAGCGCCUCGGCCCGCGUCACCAUCAACGAGACCAUAACGAUUCCGAGAGUGGCUCCCCGCAUCUCCUCGCGACCUGACAACCUGACGGUGAAGGCCGGCGGCACGGUGCUGCUGCGCUGCCGGGUCGACGGCUCGCCGAGGCCCUCGGUGGCGUGGUUCAAGGACGGGCGCACCGUGACGGCCGGCAGCCCCAGGACGACCAUCUCCAACACGGGGGAGGAGCUGCGCGUCGAGCACGCCAAGGAGGCCGACGGCGGGCUGUACGUGUGCCGGGCGGAGAACGCGGUGGGCUCGGCCGAGACCAUGGCGCGCGUGCAGGUGGUGGGCCUGGGCGGGCUGCAGCAGCAGGGCCCGCGGCCGCGCGGCCGCGUGCGCCUCGUGCACCACCCCUUCAACAUGGAGGCCAUGGUCGGCACGAGCGUGGAGAUCCCGUGCAGCGCCGAGGCCGACAACGGGCAGCCGCUGCUCUCGUGGCGCAAGGACGGCCAGAGCGUCACGCUCGGCCCGCGGCUGCGCGUCGGCCGCGUGGGCAGCCUGCGGAUCUACAACGUGACCCUGGAGGACGCCGGCCUGUACGAGUGCAUCGCCACGGACGGCGCCGAGGAGGUGUCCGCCAAGGGUCUGCUGGCCGUCAGGGGGGACGUGCCCGCCCCGGGCAGCGGCCCCUUUGCCGCCCCGGGCGACCAGUUCGUGCGCCAGGCGUUCGGCGAGGCGUCGCUCGCCGUGGACCGCGCCGUGAACGCGACGCUGCGCGCCUUCCAGCAGGCCGAGCGUAACCACGCCACGCUGUACCGCGCCAUCCGCUUCCCGGACGCAAGCGCCAGAGACGUGGCCAGGGCCGCGGACGUGUUCGAGAAGACCCUCAUCAACAUCAGGAGGCACGUCGAGGCCGGAUCGAAGAUGAACGUCACGCAGGAUUUCAACUAUACGGAGCUGCUGUCACCCAAGCAGCUGCAGCUGGUGGCCAACCUCUCUGGCUGCAUGGCACACAGGCCUACGGUGGACUGCUCCGACAUGUGCUUCCACCUCAAGUACCGCACGGUGGACGGCACCUGCAACAACCUGCAGCACCCGAUGUGGGGCGCGUCGCUGACCGGCUUCCGCCGAGUGCUGCGGCCGCAGUACGAGAACGGCCUGAGCACGCCGAUCGGCUGGAACAAGAACGUCAAGUACUUCGGCUACCCCAAGCCCUCGGCGCGGCUCGUCUCGACGAGCAUCAUCAAGACUGAGGCCAUCACGCCCGACCCCAGCAUCACGCACAUGGUGAUGCAGUGGGGCCAGUUCCUCGACCACGACCUGGACCACGCCAUCCCCUCGGAGACCAGCACCAGCUGGGACGGCAUCGACUGCAAGAAAUCGUGCGACUACGCCGCCCCCUGCUACCCCAUCGAGGUGCCGCCCAACGACCCGCGCGUCAACAACCGGCGCUGCAUCGACUUCAUCCGCAGCAGCGCCAUCUGCGGCUCUGGCCAGACGUCGGUGCUGUUUGACGGCAUGCAGCCCCGCGAGCAGAUCAACCAACUCACGUCCUUCGUGGACGCGUCGCAGGUGUACGGCUUCUCGGACGAGCAGGCGCGCGGGCUGCGCAACCUGACCAACGAGUGGGGCCGCCUGCGCGAGGGGGCGGCCUACCAGUUCAGCGACAAGCCCUACCUGCCGUUCCCCAACCCCGGCGAGGCCAUGGAUUGCCGCAGGUGA